CCCCUACAAUCUCCUUAUGUAUCUUUCACAUUGUCUAUUUGAUAAUAUGUAAAGUACUAUUCAGUUGAUUUCAUGUCAGUAGUGGCUUCUUUUUGUAAAAACAGGAAUCCUAAAAAGAAGCAGACUGCUGGCAACCACCUUGACACUGUUUCUUAACUCCCAUCCCCAGCCCAUGGCAUUGAAGCUGUCCUUGGCAAUAAGGCUUAAAAAUGCACCACCCUCCCAGUCCGCUGCACCAUUUCUAAAGGCUCAUCACAUCACUGUGGUUUCCAGACAGUGAAGUGGUGCUGGUGUGCAGUUGCCAUGACUCUGUCAGGAGAUGUGUGUGUUGUGACAGGAGCCUGUGGGUUUCUGGGAGGAAAGCUGGUCAGGCUGUUGCUGGAAGAGGAGAAGCUUUCUGAGAUCCGACUGCUGGAUAGAAACAUCCAGUCUGAGCUAAUGCAGUCUCUUGACGAUUGCAAGGGAGAGACUAAAGUGAGUGUUUUUGAGGGGGAUAUCAGGAACCGUGAUCUACUGAGAAGAGCCUGUAAAGGAGCAGCACUUGUUUUCCACACUGCAUCUCUCAUCGAUGUCAUUGGAGCAGUUGAAUACACUGAAUUAUAUGAAGUUAAUGUCAAAGGAACACAGCUGCUGCUCGAGACAUGCAUCCAAGAAAAUGUGGCCUCCUUUAUUUACACUAGCAGCAUUGAGGUGGCUGGUCCUAAUUCCCACGGUGAUCCAAUAAUUAAUGGUGAUGAAGACACCCCUUACGCCUCCUGUCUUAAGUUUAGCUACAGCAAAACCAAGAAGGAGGCUGAACAGAUUUGCCUUCAGGCCAGUGGAGAGCUGCUCCGUAAUGGAGGUCAUCUGGCUACCUGUGCACUGAGGCCCAUGUUCAUCUAUGGACCAGGCUGUCGAUUUACUUUAGGCCACUUGAGGGAUGGAAUCCGCAAUGGAAAUGUGCUGCAGAGAACAUCACGACGUGAGGCAAAAGUGAAUCCUGUAUAUGUGGAAAACGCAGCCCUGGCACAUUUACAAGCAGGUCGGGCUCUCAAAGAUUCCCAGAAAAGGGCUGUGAUGGGUGGAAACUUCUAUUACAUCUCAGACGACACGCCGCCUGUAAGCUACUCAGACUUUAACUAUGCUGUUCUUUCACCAUUAGGCUUUGUGAUACAAGAGAGGCCCAUUCUGCCCUUCCCACUUCUGUAUCUUCUGUCGUUCCUCAUGGAAUUACUGCACGUUGUGGUCCGACCCUUCCUGAAGUUCACUCCUCCCUUAAACAGGCAGUUACUGACCAUGUUAAACACACCCUUUAGUUUCUCAUAUCAAAAGGCCCACAGGGAUUUUGGAUAUAGCCCUCGCUAUGACUGGGAAGAGGCACGUAAGUGCACUAGCGACUGGUUAGCAUCUGUCUUACCCACAGAGAGACAACAAAUUAACCUGAAAUAAAAUAACAGCAUGUUUAAUAAUACUAAAAAAGACAGCAGUCAUGUUCUGCCUGAUGUUUUAUAGUAAACUUUUCUUCUAAUCAGAUCCACGGUAGUAGAAAACAUUCACUGUCUAAUAUUUAGUGAAUAAUGCUUGUUUUAUGGUUAAAAAAAAUGACUGAAUAUUAUUUACACAUCUAUAACAACUAGAAAUAAAUAUCCAUAUAAAGAAGUAGUAAGUAGUAGUAAUAAAAAUUACUAAAAUCUUUUACUUAUUUCAAAAAUAGAUUUUAUGACUUGAAUAAUGUAUUUUAAAAUGAAAAAAAGAAAAUUUCAGACAUAAAGACAAACCAAGUAUUAAUGCUGUUUAGACAGUACUUAAUGAAUUUCAAAAGUCUUGCAAUUAAAUAAUAUGUUGUGGUAAUUCAUAGGCCUACCUGUCUGAGUCUGUAUUUUACUCCACUUGUCUGUUUUUUGUUGUUUAUUGGUGAGGAGUUUUCAGUGACCCGUAUUGCACGUUGCCAGUUUUUAUUCAUUUACCGACAUACGGAGAACAAGUAAUUUUGAAGAUCAUGAAUAUUUGAUUAAUGCUGUGAAAUAGAUCAAUAAAUGUUACUUCAAUUUUUAUAUAUGAUAUCCAAAUAAAAUUGAAAACAGAUUUUUCCUAUUGCCUGGCAUGAUUAAAUAUAUUGCUGUCGAUUUAAAAUGAAGAAACAAUUUUGUCUCUUUUAAGAAUAUAUAUACAUUAAAAUUUAAUGAAUUACAUGAUUAACAUUCUGUAAGCACAAGCAGCAUUUGUUCUGUGUAGUGUACUAUUUUUGCAUCACAAUAUUAUUAUUAUUAAUUAUAUGAUUUAAAAUCCUUUUGCAGGCUAAAAUAACAUAAAAGCAUAAGUGCAACAAUCUGCUGACCAUCUGACCUAUGACAUCCUAUGACACGUAAUUCAUGUAAAUAAAUGUAAGUUUAACGUGGGUCCACAUACACCACCACAUAUCUUAAAAAGAGGAGGAAGAAAAAGCCUAUCAGUUCCAGUUAUUUAUAUCAAGUAUUUAAUCAAUACUUCAUCAUCAUGACAUAGACUGUUGCUGUGAUUGCCUUACUCUGGUACUCCUCCACAGCCUGAUCCAUCUUGUAUUUUGCUAAGUGAAGGAAAGUGGAGA